AUGCCCACAGUUGUCCCCGAUGAGCCCUCGAGACUCAUCGAGCAGGGACCGGAAAUUCCAGGUGGUCAUUUGUUACAUGAUUUACUGGCUUCUAUGCCAGCACUAAACAUCAACGAAGGCCCUAUACUAGAAGCUCUACCAUGUGUUGCAUCUAGCACUGCGGCUUAUCCAGCAUAUAUGGACCUUCUGGAGCAGGAUCUCAUCUUGCGAUAUCUACGUUCGAGGUGCCAUUCAUGCAAUCGUCUUGAGACGGAAGGAUAUAUCAUAGGUCCCACAACCAUCAGAAACAAGAAAAGCCCACGCAAAGGAUCAAUUCCAACCUAUCAAUUUCGAGAGACACCUAGCACGGAGCUACAAGCUGCGGGCACUGUUUGUGCCAUCGCCCUUGACUGUGAGAUGGUCGGAGUGAGAAACGGUCGCCAAACACUCGCUUUUCUCAGUGCGAUCGACUUUUUGACCGGCGAAGUGCUUAUCAGUCGCUAUGUGAAUCCAUCCGAGGAGGUGCUUGACUGGAGAUACAAGUUCACUGGCGUGACGCAGGCCAUUAUGACUAGCGCCGUUGCCUGUGGUGCAGCAUUCGGAACCUGGCGAGAGGCACGCGAUAAAUUGUGGGAGUUUAUGGACGAUUCGACCGUGUUGGUUGGUCAUUCUCUCCAGUACGAUCUUGAAGUACUAGGCAUAUCUCAUGCAAAAGUUGUUGAUUCUGCGAUAUUGACUGCUGAGACUGUCUACCCUUCCAUUCCAUCAACGAAGCCAUUGACCCGCAACUGGGCGUUGAAAACACUUGCGAAGGACUUUUUGGGCUUGAACAUACAGACUAGCGAUUGCGGGCAUAGUGCUUUAGAAGAUGCAUAUGCAGCACGAGAUGUCGUCAUCUGGUGUAUCAGGAACCCGGAGGAUCUUAAAGUAUGGGCGGAAAAAGCUCGACUCCAGGAAGAGAACAAGCUCACACAGAGCCGACAAAAAUAUGCUAAAAGCAAGUCCAAGGGCAAGUUUCCUGCCACCCAGUAUACUCCAAUUUGGGAACAUAAUACAGUAUUCGACGAUGUCCCCGAAGAUUUUCGAUGGUGGGAUUCCGCGGAGGAGUUUGAAUGGUCCAAAGGAUAUGACUCUUGGUCUGAUUGA